AUGGGUAAUACUUGCACGUGUGAAUAAAGAAUUAAUGAAAAUAAUUUGUAUGAAGAUCUAUAGGGUGAUGAUAACAUUUUGCAUAAAUAAUCAGUAGUUGAUCAAUUUGAUGAUAAAUUAUAAGAAAAAGAGUAGGAUCAUUAAAAAGAGUAACAAACAAUUGAUUUUGAUCCAAUUUAACUGAAAUCUUAUGAAAUUGAAGACAAUUGUCCAUAAGGACUUUAACCUUUUUCAAUUCAAGCUUAGGAAUAAUUUUUUGAUCAAUUCCCAGUGGUAGUAAAAAAGUUGCUAUAAAAAUUACCAAAAUUAGAGAUCACAACAAAUUUAUCUCCUAAUUACAAAAGAAUUCCUCACAUUGAUACUCCGUAAUGAAAUGAAUAAUUAAUUAGUUAUUAGUUACUUAGUGGAGAUGUUUAUGUAGGAUAAUGGGCUGAAGGAAAACCAUAUGGAUUGGGUAAAAUAUAUUAUAUAGAUUAAUCUGUCUAUGAAGGAUAAGUAAUUGAUGGAAUUCCAGAUGGAGAAGGGAGAAAGAUAUUUAAAGAUGGUUCUAGAUAUACAGGUUUAAAAUUUAUACUAUAUAUAAAGGUUAAUUUAAAUUAGGUGAAAUAACAGGAAGAGGAAAAUUUGUAUAAUCUAAUGAUGGUUUUGAAUAUAAAGGAGAAUUUCUUUGUGGAUAACCCGAUGGAAUUGGUAAUGAAACUUGGCCAGAUUAAACAACUUAUUAAGGUUAAUAUAAAUUGGGUAAAAAACAUGGAAGAGGAACUUUUAUAUGGGGAAAUAGAAAGAGUAAAAAAAUAGGAAAAUAAGAAUCAUAUAUAGGUGAUUUUAAAAAUGAUUUAUUUCAUGGUUUAGGUAGAUAUGAAUGGCCAGAUGGAAGAAUAUAUGAUGGAGAAUGGGUUGAAGGUAAAAUGGAAGGUAAAGGAGAAUUUAUUUGGCAAGGUAUUUUUUAUUUAAUAUAAUAAAAGAUAAAAGAAAAUAUAUUGGUAGUUAUUUAAAAGAUCUUAAAUCAGGACAUGGAGUUUUAGAAUGGCCAGAUGGUAAAAGUUUAGCUGGUUCUUGGAGAAUGGGUAAAUUAAAUGGAAUAGCUACAUUAACUAUUAAAGGAAAAGUUUUGGAAGAUUAAAGCAAACCAGAACCUGAUAGAAUUUACCUUUCUGAAUGGGAAGAUGGAAAAAGAAUUAAAUGGAUAGAUAAUCUUUCUCCUAGUGCUAUUCAUGGCAAUAUUAGUUAUAAUCGAAAUUUUGAUGAAAGAUUCUAAUCAAAUUCUAAUUAAUAAUAAAUAUCUCAAUAUAAAUAAGAUGAAGUUGUAAUCAAUAAUAAUAGAUAAAUAACAACUAUCUUUCAAUCUGAUGCUCUAAUCAUACCAUCAGAAAAAGUUGAUUAUUAAUUGUUAUAAACAUAAUAACAAUUAGAAUUGAAAUAAAUAUAACAAAAAUCUUUAAAUAGAAUUUCUGAUGAUUCACAAUAAAAUUAAUAAUUAAACUAACCUAAUUAAAUAAUAUAAAACGAUUAACAAUAAAUUAAAUAAUUUAGUGAAGUAAACCAAGAGGAAUAAAAACUCGAUUAAAUUUGA